CAAAGCUCGUUAAACAGCUGUUAGUAAAUAUUUAUCUUCACGUGGGAAGGCGAAAAAGCUUCCCAAUUGUCCAUUUUCUGGUUAAUAAAUAAAAACAAAUAGCAAUUUUUCAAAAUGUGCGAAGUUGAGACAAUAACCAAAAUCGCCAACUCCCUCGGAGUACCAGCUGGCGAUGUAAAAUUGAAUUCAGAGAAGGUAGUAACUCGCACAAAAAAUAGUAAAACUGUUUCGGGCUUUGCCACUAUUCUAAAUAAUCUUGCACAAGAAUCAAAAUCUGAGAUAGCACUAAACAGUGCAGCAACUCGAGAAAUCAGCGCUGAAGUCUAUCAGUGGAUUGAGUUUGCAGUAUUGUAUGUGGCACCAGGCUCCAAGGACAAGCACAUCUCACAGCAACUGCUGCGUGAUUUCAAUAAACUUUUCACCACUAAAUCGUAUUUAGUGGGUUAUUUCAUAACUAUAGCGGAUUUAGCUAUAUUCUUUGCAAUCUACGAUUUAGUGAAAUCCCUUACGCCCCUCGAGAAAGAGAACUACUUAAACCUAUCACGCUGGUUCGAUCAUCUACAACAGAGGCCAGAAAUAAGCCAAGGAGAUAGUCUACUAAAUUUUAACACAAUAUAUCUGCAUGGUUGGGCGACAGGAACUCAUGUAUAAAGCCUAUCCCCGGAGUAUUGGCCUACAUUUAAAGAAAAGCAAAUAUGAAUACCACGUAUGAAAAUGUGUACGUAUUUAUUCGAAAUAACUUAUUGUAUUACAUAUUAAAAUAUGCUCAACCCUUCGAUUUACAAUCAUUAAGUAAAAAUUAUAAAACAAUUUUAAGUUCUUUGCAUAAUACGCAUUUUAAAUUCAGUAUUUUGCCAGCUAAUUAAUAUUGUUGAAGUAAAUGUUAAUACAAAAGCCGUAAUUUUCACUUUCUCA